AUGCCCAAAGGUAGAGAAGCGGAAUGGGAGCGCAUUUGCAGAAUAUACGACUCCAAGGGGUGGACCCCUCCUACCUGGGAGACAACUGCUCUGGUCAAGCACCUUUGGGACCAGCUUUCAACUAUUCACGGCGGAGUACUCGACACUUGGCCCAACGCACUUCUCUGCCAUGAGUUUGGACCCCAGCUCAAUAUGUUACGGUCCUAUACGAGACAGUUGUGGAGGACGGUCUGGUUCGGUGCAGGUGUUGACGCGCUGAAUAAUAGCCAUGAGGUUACUUACGCUAUCUCGUUCAAGUUCGCAGCUCCCGUGCUGCCUAAAGUCUCGUUUGGGAAGGAUGAGAAAUCGCGUGUCAAGUAG